AUGAUGGAAACAUUUGAAAAGGUAGAGGAUACAAACAAUUUAAAAAUUAGCUGGACCUCUCAUCCCUUAGCAGGGAAAAUGGAGUAUGCAGUAAAAGAGAGAAUGAGCAUUUUUAAAAGACUAGAAGAACAGCUCAACUAUUGCAACAACCACAUAUGUGAGAUAGGAGAGUUUCUUUGUCAUGAUCGUGUGACCUGCGUGUCUCAGAAUUGGCUUUGUGAUGGAGACUCGGACUGCCCCGAUGAAUCAGAUGAGACUUCGUUGGAUGUAUGUCCUGAAAAAAUAGAAUUCAUGUGCCCCCUGAAUCAUAUCAAAUGUACUGGCUCAAACAGAUGUAUUCACAUGUCUCAGCUCUGCAAUGGCAUUUAUGAUUGUCCUGAUGAAUAUGAUGAAGGAGCACAUUGUCGGGAAUUGCUACCCAAGUGUGAACAAUUGCAGUGCCAAUACAAGUGUGCCAUGUCCUUGAACGAAACUAGAUGUUACUGUGAGGAAGGAUACGAAGUUGGCAGAGAUGGAAAAACCUGCCAAGAUUUUAAUGAAUGUAAUCUGUAUGGACUCUGUAGCCAGACAUGUCAAAAUACUGGUGGAUCAUAUAUUUGCAGCUGUGUAGAAGGAUAUCUCCUUCAACCAAACAAAAAGACUUGCAAAGUGAAAAAAGAACCUAAUGAUCUUCCACCUCUACUAUUGAUUGCAAAUUCUGACACUAUUGAUGUCCUAUAUCUAAAUGGAACUAGAACAUCCACCUUUGGAUUUUUGAGAGGAAGUGGAAUUCAGACAUUGGAUUAUAUACACAAUAAGAACACAAUAUGUUGGAUUGAAUCAAGAGAAUCUUCAACUCAGUUAAAAUGCACUGAGAUAUCAAAAACUGAAAAGCUGACUGAUGAAUGGAUAAUUAGCACCAUUCCUAAUCUUCACAGUAUUCAGCAUAUGGCAGUUGACUGGCUUACGGGCAACUUCUAUUUUGUGGAUCAUACUAUACAUACAAUCUUUGUAUGCAACUUUAAUGGAACAGUUUGUGUGACCCUGAUUGAUCUUGAUCUUCAUAAUCCCAUGGCAGUUGCUGUGGAUCCCAGUGUGGGAAAGCUCUUCUUUACAGAUUAUGGAAAUGUUGCUAAAAUUGAGAGAUGUGAUAUGGAUGGCAUGAACAGAACAAGGAUAGUAAUAUCUAAAAUAGAGCAGCCGACUGCUCUUACACUUGACCUUGUCAACAAAUACGUUUACUGGAUUGAUGUCUACCUUGACUUUCUAGGAGUGGUUGACUACCAAGGACGUAACAGGCAAACUAUAAUUGAAGGCCAACUGGUCACUCAUCUGUAUGGUUUAGCAAUAUUUGAAGACUAUUUGUAUGGAACAAAUUCAGACAACUUCAGUGUCAUACAAAUUAACAGAUUUAACAGCAGAGAUACGAAGUUUUUAAUGAAACUUGAAAAUGCUAAAGAUAUCCUUGUUUACCACAAGAGAACACAGCCAACAGUAAGAAGCCAUGCAUGUGAACUAGACCAGCAUGGAAGGCCAGGUAGAUGUUCACACAUCUGUUUGCUCAGCAGCAGCUAUAAAAGCAGGAGUUGUCGCUGCCGGAUGGGUUUUGUCUUGGGAAGUGAUGGCAGAUCAUGCAAAAGACUAAAGAAUGAAUUGUUCCUGUUUUAUGGAAAAGGACGUCCAGGCAUCAUACAAGGAAUGGAUCUAAAUACCAAAAUAGCUGAUGAACAUAUGAUCCCUAUAGAAAAUUUGGUCAAUCCUCGAGCUUUGGAUUAUCAUGCUGAAACCAAUUACAUAUACUUUGCAGACACUACCAGUUUCUUGAUAGGACGUCAAAAAGUUGAUGGCUCCGGCCGUGAAACAAUCCUGAAGGAUGAUCUUGAUAAUGUAGAAGGCAUUGCAAUAGACUGGAUUGGGAAUAAUUUGUUUUGGACAAAUGAUGGUUACAGGAAAACAAUUAAUGUUGCCAGGCUAGAGAAAGCUUCUCAGAACCGCAAAACUCUUCUGGAAGGUGGCAUGUCUCACCCUCGAGGAAUUGUGGUGGAUCCUGUUAACGGCUGGAUGUAUUGGACAGAUUGGGAAGAAGAUGAAAUAGAUGAUAGUAUGGGAAGAAUUGAGAAAGCAUGGAUGGAUGGUAACAACCGUCAAAUAUUUGUGACAUUAAAGAUGUUGUGGCCAAAUGGAUUAACUCUGGAUUAUCAAAAUAAUAUAUUGUACUGGUGUGAUGCCUAUUAUGAUCAUAUUGAAAGAAUAUUUCUGAAUGGAAGUGACCGCAAGGUGGUCUACAGUGGAAAAGAAUUGAAUCAUCCGUUUGGACUAUCACAUCAUAGAAAUUAUAUUUUCUGGACAGAUUAUAUGAAUGGCUCUAUUUUCCAACUGGAUUUGAUGUCUAGAAAUGUGACACUUCUGAAAAGUGAGAGAUCCCCUCUCUUUGGGUUGCAAAUUUAUGAUCUCCAGAAGCAACAAGGUGACAACGCAUGCCGUGUUAAUAAUGGAGGCUGCAGUACCCUGUGUUUAGCGAUACCUGGAGGCAGAAUGUGCGCUUGUGCCGAUAAUCAGCAUUUGGAGGAAAACAGUACAACCUGCAUGUUUAAUACUGAAGAAGUAUUACCUAAGUUAUGCAAAGUGGGUGAAUUUCAGUGCAGGAACAAGCGCUGCAUCCAAGAUGGCUGGCAAUGUGAUGGUGAUGAUGAUUGCCUGGAUGGCUCUGAUGAGCAUUCAGAGAUUUGUUUUAAUCAUAGUUGUCCUGACAAUCAAUUUAAAUGCCAUAAUAACCGAUGCAUCCCUAAGAGAUGGCUUUGUGAUGGAGCAAAUGAUUGUGGUAACAAUGAAGAUGAAUCAAAUGAGACUUGUGCAGCAAGACCAUGUCAAAUAGAUCAGUUUUCCUGUGGGAAUGGACGCUGCAUUCCACGUUCAUGGUUAUGUGAUCAAGAGGAUGAUUGUGGUGAUCAUUCAGAUGAAACAGCAACUUGUGAAUUCCCAACCUGUGACCCACUGAUUCAUUUUAUAUGUAAUAAUGGAAGAUGUAUUAGUAACAAGUGGCAUUGUGAUACAGAUAAUGACUGUGGUGAUGGGAGUGAUGAACUGGGCUGUCUUCAUUCAUGUUUUGACAACCAGUUCAGGUGCUCUACUGGCCGGUGCAUUCCAGGUCACUGGGCUUGUGAUGGAGACAAUGACUGUGGAGAUUUCAGUGAUGAAACUAAACCAAAUUGCACCAAAGAGAUAGCUUCUCUUGGGAGAUGCAGUAGAAAAGAAUUUCAAUGUUACCCAGAUGGAAACUGCAUUCCUGAGCUUUGGCACUGUGAUGGAGAAAAGGACUGUGAAGAUGGCAGUGAUGAAAAGAGUUGUAAUGGAACUAUACGACCAUGUGACGACAAAACAAAGUUUUCCUGCAAGGCUACAGGGAGAUGUAUUAGCAAAGCUUGGCUGUGUGAUGGAGACAUUGAUUGUGAGGAUCAGUCUGAUGAAGAUAAUUGUGAAGGCUAUAUGUGUGGGCCACCAAAAUAUCCAUGUGCUAAUGACACUUCCAUCUGUCUGCAGCCUGAAAAGCUUUGCAAUGGAAUAAGAGAUUGCCCUGAUGGAUCUGAUGAAGAUGAUCUUUGUGAAGAAUGUUCACUUAACAAUGGUGGAUGCAGCCACCAGUGUUCAGUAGUUCCUGGAGGCAGAAUUGUCUGUUCAUGCCCCCCAGGACUGUACUUAAAUUCAGACAAUAAGACCUGUGAGUAUGUAGAUUAUUGCACCAAACAUCAGAAAUGCAGCCAAGUAUGUGAACAGCAUAAAAAUGCUGUUAAGUGCUCCUGUUAUGAAGGUUGGGAACUUAGUAAAGAUGGCGAAAGCUGUGCCAAUAUCGAUCCUUUUGAACCAUUCAUCAUUUUCUCUAUUCGGCAUGAGAUCAGAAGGAUUGAUCUGCAGAAACGAGACUACAGCUUAUUAGUUCCUGGUUUAAGAAAUACAAUAGCACUUGAUUUUCACUUCAAUCAGAGCUUACUAUACUGGACAGAUGUAGUAGAAGAUAAAAUUUACAGAGGCAAGCUUUCUGAAACUGGAGGUGUAAGCUCCGUUGAAGUUGUGGUCCAACAUGGUUUAGCUACUCCAGAAGGUCUUACUGUGGACUGGAUUGCUGAAAAUAUAUAUUGGAUAGACAGCAAUCUGGAUCAAAUUGAAGUAGCUAAAUUAGAUGGUACACUGAGGACAACCCUAAUCGCAGGUGCAAUGGAACAUCCUAGAGCUAUUGCUUUGGAUCCCAGAUAUGGAAUUCUGUUUUGGACAGACUGGGAUGCUAAUUUUCCUCGCAUUGAAUCUGCUUCCAUGAGUGGAGCAGGAAGAAAGAUCAUAUAUAAAGACAUGGAUAGUGGGGCAUGGCCUAAUGGUCUUACAGUUGAUCAUUUUGAAAAACGAAUAGUUUGGACAGAUGCUAGGUCAGAUGCUAUUUAUUCAGCACUGUAUGAUGGGACUGGCAUGAUUGAAAUUAUACGAGGUCAUGAAUAUCUUUCUCACCCUUUUGCUGUCUCCCUGUUUGGGAGUGAAGUAUAUUGGACAGACUGGAGGACAAACACGUUAUCUAAAGCAAAUAAAUGGACAGGCCAAAAUGUUAGCGUGAUACAAAAAACCAGUGCACAACCUUUUGAUCUUCAAAUUUAUCAUCCAAGUCGUCAACCCCAAGCUCCUAAUCCUUGUGCUGCUAACAGUGGCAGAGGUCCUUGCUCUCAUAUGUGCCUGAUAAAUCAUAACAGGAGUGCUGCUUGUGCAUGUCCUCAUCUAAUGAAACUGGCUGAAGACAAAAAGGCAUGUUAUGAAAUGAAAAAGUUCCUUCUUUAUGCAAGGCAUUCAGAAAUAAGAGGUGUUGACAUAGAGAAUCCAUACUUCAAUUAUAUAACAGCAUUUACAGUUCCUGAUAUUGAUGAUGUAACAGUUGUAGAUUUUGAUACAGUGGAAGAACGUUUAUACUGGACUGAUGUGAAAACACAAACUAUAAAACGGGCCUUUAUUAAUGGGACUGGCUUAGAAACUGUCAUAUCACGAGAUAUUCAAAGCAUUCGUGGACUGGCUCUGGAUUGGUUAUCUCGUAAUUUAUACUGGAUUAGCUCAGAAUUUGAUGAAACACAAAUUAAUGUGGCUCAUUUAGAUGGCUCUUUAAAAACUUCAAUUAUACAUGGAAUUGAUAAACCACAAUCUCUUGCUGUUUAUCCAGCUAAAGGGAAGCUUUAUUGGAUUGAUGGGAACACAAUUAACAUGGCAAAUAUGGAUGGCAGCAACAGUAAAAUACUACUACAGAAUCAAAAAGAACCAGUUGGUUUGUGCAUAGAUUAUUCAGAGAAUAAACUCUACUGGAUCAGUUCAGGCAAUGGAACUAUAAACCGAUGCAACUUGGAUGGUGACAAUUUUGAAGUAAUAGAUUCAAUGAAAGAAGAGCUAACCAAAGCUACAGCCUUAACUAUAAUGGAUAAAAAGUUAUGGUGGGCAGACCAUAACUUAGGCCAACUGGGCACCUGCAAUAAAAAAGAUGGAAGGAAUCCUACAGUUUUGCGAAACAAAACUUCAGGAAUUGUACAUAUGAAAGUAUAUGACAAAGCAGGACAGAAAGGUAGCAAUUCUUGUCAAAUCAAUAAUGGAGGAUGUUCCCAACUUUGCUUACCAACUUCAGAAUCCACUCGAACAUGCUUAUGUACUGUAGGUUAUAAUCUUCAGAAAAAUCGUAUGACAUGUCAAGGUAUAGAGUCGUUUCUCUUGUAUUCUAUUCAUGAAGGAAUCAGGGGAAUCCCUCUUGAUCCAAAUGACAAAACAGAUGCAUUAAUGCCUAUAACAGGAACAUCUUUUGCUGUUGGUAUAGACUUUCAUGCAGGAAAUGAUACAAUCUACUGGACUGACAUGGGAUUCAAUAAAAUAAGCAGAGGUAGCAGAGAUCAGACAUGGAAGGAAGAUAUCAUUACAAAUGGUUUGGGAAGAGUGGAAGGCAUUGCAGUGGAUUGGAUAGCGGGUAAUAUAUAUUGGACAGAUCAUGGCUUCAAUUUUAUUGAAGUUUCUAGGCUUAAUGGCUCCUUUCGCUAUGUUGUCAUAUCUCAGGGUCUGGAUCAGCCAAGGUCUAUAGCAGUGCACCCUGGAAAAGGUUAUUUAUUCUGGACAGAAUGGGGACAGGCACCAUGUAUAGGCAAGGCUCGUUUAGAUGGAUCAGAGAAGACUGUUCUUGUUGGUACUGGUGCCAUGUGGCCUAAUGGAAUUUCUGUUGAUCUUGAGGAAAAUAAAUUAUAUUGGUGUGAUGCUCGAAUGGACAAGAUAGAAAGAAUUGACCUUGAGAGUGGAAGAAAUCGGGAGAUUGUACUGUCAGGAAGUAAUGUGGAUAUGUUUUCAGUCACAGUCUUUGGGGCUUACAUCUACUGGUCUGACAGAGCUCAUGCAAAUGGAUCUAUCAGACGAAGCAAAAAAAAUGAUGCCACAGAGACAGUAUCCAUGAGGACAGGCCUAGGAAUAAACUUGAAGGAAGUAAAGGUUUUCAACAGAGGUCGUGAAAAAGGAACCAACAUUUGUGCCAAAAACAAUGGUGGGUGUCAGCAACUUUGUCUCUAUCGGGGAAAUGCACAGAGAACCUGUGCUUGUGCACAUGGUUAUCUAGCAGAGGAUGGUGUGACAUGUUUAAGACAUGAUGGCUACUUGCUUUAUUCAGGAAGAACAAUACUAAAAACUAUACAUCUUUCAGAUGAGACAAAUUUAAAUUCACCAGUGCAACCUUAUGAAAAUCCAGAAUAUUUCAAAAAUGUAAUAGCAUUGACUUUUGACUAUAGACAGAAAGGAAGAGGAACUAAUCGAAUUUUCUUUAGUGAUGCACAUUUUGGAAACAUACAACUUAUUAAAGAUGAUUGGACUGGUAGAAAAAUUAUACUUGAAAAUGUUGGAUCUGUGGAGGGUCUAGCAUAUCAUAGGGCUUGGGAUACUUUGUACUGGACCAGCUCUACUACAUCUUCUAUUACAAGGCACACAGUUGAUCAGAAACGAAGAGGUGCUUUCAACAGAGAAGCAGUAAUAACGAUGUCUGAAGAUGAUCACCCACAUGUAUUAGUCCUUGAUGAAUGCCAAAAUUUAAUGUUUUGGACUAACUGGAAUGAGCAGCAUCCAAGCAUCAUGAGAGCUACAUUGUAUGGCAAAAAUGCACAAGUUGUAAUCAGCACUGACCUCUUAACACCAAAUGGACUUGCCAUGGAUCAUAGGGCUGAGAAACUGUAUUUUUCCGAUGGUAGUUUGGGAAAAAUAGAAAGGUGUGAAUAUGAUGGAUCACACAGAAAUGUGAUAGUCAAAUCUGGACCUGGCACUUUUCUCAGUCUAGCUGUAUACGAUGCUUGGAUCUUCUGGACAGACUGGGUGAGAAGAGCUAUACUGCGAUCCAAUAAAUAUACAGGUGGAGAUACAAAAAUUCUUAGAUCUGAUAUCCCACAUCAACCUAUGGGCAUCAUAGCUGUUGCUAAUGACACUAACAGCUGUGAAUUAUCCCCUUGUGCCCAAAUGAAUGGAGGCUGUCAUGAUUUGUGUCUGCUGACACCUGAUGGGCAUGUUAAUUGUUCAUGCAGGGGUGACCGCAUACUUACAGAUGAUAACAGAUGUGUAUCUAAAAACAUGUCGUGCAAUUUCUACUCUGAAUUUGAAUGUGGAAAUGGUGAGUGCAUUGAUUACCAACUUUCCUGUGAUGGCAUAGCUCAUUGUAAGGACAAGUCUGAUGAGAAAUUAUUGUAUUGUGAAAACAGAAACUGUCGGAAAGGUUUUAAGCCUUGCUUAAAUCGGCGCUGUAUAUCUACUAAUCAAAUUUGUGAUGGUAAAAAUGAUUGCGGUGACAGUUCUGAUGAAAGUGGUUGUGAAGUUUCUGGAUGUUCUUCUAUGGAAUUCCGCUGUUUAGAUGGAACUUGCAUUCCAAAAUCAGCUCAAUGCAAUCAGAUUGUGGAUUGUUUAGAUGCUUUGGAUGAGAAAAAUUGCAAUAAUACAGAUUGCAAAAAUUUCUAUAAACUUGGAGUGAAAUCUUCAGGAUUUAUUAGCUGUAACUUUACUUCACUUUGUAUACUACCAGAAUGGCUGUGUGAUGGAUCUAAUGAUUGUGGAGACUAUUCAGAUGAAUUAAAAUGCGCAGUUCGAAAUAAGCAUACAUGUGAAGAAAAUUAUUUUGGCUGUCCUAGUGGUAAAUGUAUUCUGAUUUCCUGGGUAUGUGACGGUCAGAAAGAUUGUGAAGAUGGAAGUGAUGAAUUACUCUGUGAUUCCUCCUGUUCAUGGAAUCAGUUUGCUUGUUCUGAACAAAAAUGCAUCUCCAAACAAUGGACUUGUGAUGGGGAAGAUGAUUGUGGAAAUGGUUUGGAUGAAAGUAAAGCUAUUUGUGGCUCAGUAACUUGUGCUCCAGACAUGUUCAGCUGUUUAGACUCAUAUGCCUGUGUUCCUCAACACUGGCUUUGCGAUGGUGAAAGAGACUGUCCUAAUGGAAGUGAUGAACUUGCUACCGCAGGAUGUGCACCCAGUAAUACUUGUGAUGAAAAUACUUUCACAUGCCACAAUAAAGUCUGCAUUUCUAAACUGUUUGUAUGUGACCAUGAUGAUGACUGUGGAGACAGAUCAGAUGAAUCUCUAGAAUGCGGCUAUCGCCAUUGUAAUCCUGGAGAAUUCAUCUGUGCUGAUGGAAGAUGUCUCUUAAAUUCUCAGUGGCAAUGCGAUGGAGACUUUGAUUGUCCAGAUCAUUCAGAUGAGGAUCCUAUUAAUAUAAAAUGCAGAAGUGCAGAGCAGUCAUGCAACAAUUCCUUUUUUAUGUGUAAAAAUGGCAAGUGCAUUCCCCAAGAAGAUGUUUGUGAUGCCAAACAGGAUUGUGGUGAUGGGUCUGAUGAGAGAAAUUGCCAUAUAAAUGAAUGUUUGAGUAAGAAAGUUAGUGGCUGUUCUCAAGACUGUCAAGACCUUCCUGUUGGAUACAAGUGUAAAUGUUGGCCUGGUUUCCAUAUGAAGGAGGAUGGCAAAACAUGUGUAGACAUUGAUGAAUGUUCAUCUGGCUUUCCGUGCAGUCAGCAAUGCAUCAAUACAUAUGGGACUUACAAAUGCUUGUGUAUGGAUGGUUAUGAAAUGCAACCUAAUGCUCAGCAAGGCUGCAAAUCCCUUUCAGAUGAAGAGCCAUUCUUAAUUCUGGCUGAUCAUCAUGAAAUACGAAAAAUUAGUACUGAUGGAUCCAACUAUACUUCAAUGAAACAGGGCCUAAAUAAUGUGAUUUCAGUAGACUUCGAUUACAAAGAAGAGUUCAUCUAUUGGAUUGAUUCCAGCAGACCAAAUGGAAGUAGGAUUAACAGAAUGAAUCUGAAUGGGAAUGAUGUCAAGGUAGUUCAUAACACAGCUGUUCCUAAUGCAUUAGCAGUUGACUGGGUUGGAAAGAAUCUCUAUUGGUCUGACACAGAAAAAAGGAUGAUUGAAGUAUCCAAAAUCAAUGGCUUGUAUCCCACUGUUCUUGUGAGCAAAAGGGUGAAGUUUCCUAGAGAUCUCUCUUUAGAUCCUCAAAUUGGGUAUUUGUACUGGAUUGAUUGCUGUGAAUAUCCUCAUAUUGGUCGAGUUGGCAUGGAUGGCUCUAAUCAGACAGUUGUGAUAGAAACACAGAUAUCUAGACCCAUGGCUCUUACAAUAGACUAUGUCAACAGAAGAUUUUACUGGGCUGAUGAAAAUCAUAUUGAAUUUGCUAAUAUGGAUGGCACCCGCAGAAAUAAAGUUCCUAAUCAACAUGUUCUAGGCGUGAUUGCUCUAACAUUAUUUGAAGACUAUAUAUACUGGACAGAUGGAAAAACCAAGACUGUCAACCGUGCCCACAAAAUUUCUGGAGCAGAUAAAGUAGCACUGAUUAACUCAUGGCAUGCCAUAACUGAUAUUCAAGUUUAUCAUUCAUUUAGGCAACCUAAUGUGGCUAAACAUACAUGUACAUUACAUAAUGGUGGCUGUAGUCAUCUGUGCCUUCUUGCCCCAAAUAAAACUCACACUUGUGCCUGUCCUACCAAUUUUUACCUCGCAUCAGAUAAUAAGACCUGCUUAUCAAAUUGCACAGCCAGUCAAUUCCGCUGCAGGACAGACAAAUGUAUUCCAUUUUGGUGGAAAUGUGACACUGUGGAUGAUUGUGGAGAUGGAUCAGAUGAACCUGAAGAAUGUCCUGAAUUUAAAUGUCAACCAGGACGUUUUCAGUGUGGAACUGGUCUCUGUGUUUUACCAGCUUUUAUAUGUGAUGGGGAAAAUGAUUGUGGAGAUAGUUCAGAUGAACUUAAUUGUGACACACAUGUUUGCCUACCAGGUCAAUUUAAGUGCACCAAGAAUCAGAAAUGUAUCCCAAUAAAUCUCAGGUGUAAUGGACAAGAUAAUUGUGGUGAUGAAGAAGACGAAGGAGAUUGUCCGGAAAACAGCUGUUCUCCUGACCAUUUUCAGUGUAAAACCACAAAGCACUGUAUUUCUAAACUAUGGGUGUGUGAUGAGGAUCCAGACUGUGCUGAUGGAUCUGAUGAAGCAAAUUGUGAUAAAAAGACAUGUGGCCCUCAUGAAUACCAGUGCAAGAAUAGCAACUGCAUUCCAGAUCAUUGGCGAUGUGAUAGUCAAAAUGAUUGUGGUGACAAUUCUGAUGAAGAAAACUGCAAACCACAGACAUGCACUCAGAAGGAUUUUCACUGCUCAAAUGGAGACUGCAUGUCUGCAAGAUUCUGGUGUGAUGGUGAUUAUGACUGUGCAGAUGGUUCAGAUGAGAGAUAUUGUGAUUCUGAGUGCUUAAAAGACCAGUUUCAGUGCUCCAAUGGUCAUUGCAUAGCAGCAAAAUGGAAAUGUGAUGGAUAUGAUGACUGCAUACUGGGAGAGGAUGAGAAGAAUUGUGAAUCAGCGUCCCCAACCUGCUCUUCAAGUGAAUAUGUCUGUGCCAAUGGAGGCUGUAUCUCAGCAUCUUUUAGAUGCAAUGGAGAAUAUGAUUGUCCUGAUGGUUCUGAUGAAAUGCACUGUGUAACAGAAUGUAAAGAAGACCAAUUUCAAUGUAAAAAUAAAGCGUACUGUAUACCUAUCAGAUGGCUUUGUGAUGGAAUUCAAGAUUGUGUGGAUAACAGUGAUGAACUAAAUUGUGACAGAG